AUGAUAAAAGUAUGGAAUGAAACAUAUGAUAGUGCAACUGUAGCAUUUAUGCUAUAUGGUUCAUCACUAGUUUUCUUUAUGAUUCCAGGGCUAGGCUUCCUAUAUAGUGGUCUAGCAAGAAGAAAAUCAGCUUUGAGUUUAAUUUGGGCAUGCCUAAUGGCAACAUUGGUUGGUAUCUUACAAUGGUACUUUUGGGGGUAUUCGUUAGCCUUUUCAAAAACUUCGCACAACAAGUUUAUAGGAAAUGUUAAUUCAUUUGGUUUUAGAGAUGUUUACGGUGCAGUUAAUGAGGGUGAUGCAUAUCCUGAAUUGGCUUUUGCCUGUUUCCAGGGAUUAUUCAUGUGUGUUACCCUAAGUAUUGUUGCAGGCGCUACUGCUGAAAGAGGUAGGUUAUUGCCUCAUAUGGUUUUUAUCUUUUGUUUUGCUACCAUUGUAUAUUGUCCAGUUUGCUAUUGGAUUUGGGCUCCUCAAGGUUGGGCCUAUAAAUGGGGGGUUUUGGACUGGGCUGGUGGAUUUUUAGAAGUAAUAAGUGCUGUUGGUGGAUUUGUAUAUUCUGCGUUUCUAGGUCCUAGAAGAGAAAAUUUGUUAAUCAAUUUCAGACCACACAAUGUUAGUAUGAUCACCUUGGGUACUGGAAUCCUUUGGUUUGGUUGGUUGGGUUUCAACAGUUGUACCACUUUAUCUCCCAACUUAAAAUCAUUUUACGUAUUUAUGAAUUCCAAUCUUAGUGCCACAUCCGCAGGUAUGACAUGGUGUUUACUAGAUUAUAGACUAGAAAAAAAAUGGUCAACCGUUGGGUUAUGUUCAGGAAUUAUUUGUGGGUUAGUUGCAGCUACCCCAAGUUCUGGGUGCAUCACACUCUAUGGAUCUGUUAUCCAAGGAAUUAUUACAGGUAUAGUUUGUAAUUUUUCAACGAAAAUUAAAUUUUACUUAAAGGUUGACGAUGCAAUGGAUAUCUUAGCGGAACACGGCAUGGCUGGUUUGGUAGGAUUAUUUUUCAAUGCAUUAUUUGGUGCAGAUUGGGUUAUUGGGCUGGAUGGUGCUACCGAGCAUGGUGGUGGAUGGAUUUCCAGAAAUUGGAAGCAAAUGUAUAAACAAAUCGCUUAUAUGUUUGCUGUUUUGGGUUGGGGCGCUGUGGUCAGCGCCAUCUUAUGUUUUGUGAUUGAUAAUAUUCCGGGUUUAGGUUUAAGAGCCACUGAAGAAGCUGAGGCCCUGGGUAUGGAUGAAGAUCAGAUCGGAGAAUUUGCUUAUGAUUACGUCGAGGUCAGAAGAGAUUACUUCACUUGGGGUAACCAGAAUACAACCAGUGAUGAAAAUAGUAGUAGUACGGAUAGUGCUGAACUUCAAGAGCUCGAAAAACCUGAGAACAGUAACGAAGUAAUAGUUUUUGAUGCAGAUCAUGUUGCUGAUCUUCAAAAUUGCCGGCCUCAAAACGGAAUAAUACAGCAUAAUAAAAGUAGUAGUACUGAAAAAAGUGAUGCUACUACAAACUUCAAUAAAGAAGAUAAUAACAUUGAUGAUGUAAUAGAAAAGGUGGUUUGA